AUGGGAACCCUUCCAACAAGAGUUAUCGACGUAGGUAGCGAGUCGGUUCCGCCUCGCCUCUACAUCACUAAUGAAGAGCUUGUGCCUUACGUUGCUCUCUCGUACUGCUGGGGAACCGACCAGAACAUCCGACUGCUUUCGUCGAACAUUGCGGAGUACACAGAUUGCUUACCCCUUGACACGCUUCCCCAAACCAUGAGAGAUGCCGUCACCAUCACCCGAAAGAUGGGGUUACGAUUCCUUUGGAUCGAUGCACUGUGCAUCUUGCAGGACUCAGAAGACGACCUGAGACAUGAGAUUGGUUACAUGCGGAAUAUCUACGCCAAUGCUUGGUUCACCAUUGCCGCCAAGGACGCCACCACGUGUUUUGAUGGGUGUUUUACAACAAGAGAAUGGCCCUGCAGCGCAGUCGUGCCACUGGACCUCCAUAUCCAGCGGGUCCGAAAAGGCAUACAGGAUCUAGAUUAUGGCCGAAAAUGGGAGAGCUCGAAGGCGUCGUUUGGCAACCGAUUGAUGGCACUUCCACUCCUGAAAGACUCCCGCCGUAGUAGGCAGACGCCGAUCCUGGAAACCCGCGGGUGGACCUUGCAGGAGGAGAUGCUGUCUCGACGGAUCCUCUCGUGCGGCAAAGACGAGCUGAGCUGGACAUGCCUGGAGUCAAGCAGCACCGAGAGCAAUCCGAUUGAUCACGAUCCCACCGAUGAUAUCCGAUGGCGGCACGUUGUCAGGCGUGCCAUCGUGACAUCCAGACUAAGUAACGACGCACAGGACACAGACAUGUUUGUAUACUGGCUGAAACUGGUCGAGGAAUUUUCUCAACGGAGGCUUUCCAAUGCGGGAGACAAGCUCGCUGCACUAUCCGGCGUUCAAGAAGCAUUUGGGGCCCUGCUAGGUGACGCCCCUGAGGAUCGGAUUGGUAAUUCGAGGAGGUCGCUGGAUGGGCGGUUUGGUAACGGUGUGGGCAACACCAAUGGAAAGUAUGAUGCCAGCAAAAGUGGUGCAGCGACAAGAGCCCCAGGCUCACUGCUCCAGGCGCCCUCGUGA